AUGUGGCAACCACCACCGAUGCCUGUACCCGCCUCCGCUUCCUGGGGCCUGACCAUCAGUCACGCCGAUUUCGAGAAACUCAAGGCUGGUCUCGAGCCUCUAAACCAGGACGACAAGUGGCGCUAUAAGGCUACAAAUGACGAAGAGAACGGUACCGUUGUCAUUCACAUCAUUCGAGUCGGCAUGGGGCACGAGCUCUACUCAAUCGUCAUCAAAGCGGACAACAAUGGCAACAGUAGCGAGAAUAAUAUCAUCGAGACCAUUCACUGGUCGCAGGAUCAGGGUGGAAACCCAAUCUCAGAGGUGUUGGCCAAGAAGCAAGUGGUGAUUCUCAGCAGAUGCAACCUGGAAUGCGAUUUUGAAGCGGCUCCCGACUAUGACUCCGAGGACUUUUUUGAUGAGCCUGCGAUGAACAUUGUCAAUCAUAUCAAAAAUCGGGCGAAUGGCAUAAAUGGUAUCAAUAGCACAUGA